AUGAAAUGUAACCUUGCUGCCUUGAAAGAACCGUACGUAUCGCGACUUGAAGAUGAUGAACUUCUACUUUUGACACGGCGUCGCGGUGGGGUGCGGCUGGAACGCGAUGACUUACGUUUACGCCCUCCCGGCGGAGUUCGAGAUUUGGAGCGUGACACACUGCGUGAGUGCGGCGUGCGAGAACGGGAACGUGACCCGGCCCCGCCUCCACGUGAAGCUUUAGUGCGACGGUCGGAUCGUGAUCUGGAACGUGAACGAGAUCCAUCCUCAGAUGAAUGGUCUUCACGUUCACGUAUCUCAUCUAUUUCAUCUUCUUUACUGAAACGAAAUCUUUGUUUAAUCAUCUCGCUUUUGGAGCACUGA